AUGGCGAUGCUCGUGGUAGCGACCACAGUCUUCUUGUAUUACACAAUAUGGACCUUGUUCAUGCCCUUUGUGGACGACGACCAUCCACUUCAGAGCCUGUUCCCACCUCGCGUCUGGGCAAUCCGAAUCCCUGUCAUCCUCACGCUCCUUGGUUCGGCGGUCGUAGGAACGUUCCUAGCCAUGGUCAUGAUCAGAAGCAAUAGGAAGAAGGCAGCAAAGGCUAGAGCUGCUGCGGCCAAGAAGUCGAAGUGA